AUGGAUGUCGUCGCUUUCCUUGUCUCCUCUGUCUUUGAUCUGCACAAGAAAGUCCUCUAAGAGAACAGCCCCCGGUGCAGGCUAACGGUACUAGGUAAACAAACUGGAGUCGCUGAUGAACAUUUAACAGGUUGGGAACGGUUCCCACGCAAGUCACCUCCAGUGUGUAUUUACCACGGAUAUAAUGAUAGCCGGGCCAGUGCCAUCCGUCACUACUACCAACCUCCGCUGGCUAAUCUACCCAGGGCUGCCAAAUCACCUCCCAUUCAUGAAUAUAAUAUAGAUACCUUAGGAGCUAGCCCAGAGGCAACCAUCAGCCAUACAUAUUGUAGACAAAUUGGUCGGCUCCGUCCAAUACUGUAA